ACUUUGUUUGGAGCACAUAACGUUGCUGGUCGCGAGCGAUGAAAGAUGCCAAGGAAUGCCUUCAGACGUCGCUGCUCUUGUCGAUCUCGUUCCUGCUCUUGUUUACGUCGUAUAUGGCGAUAGAGGUGUUGGAGACUUCCAUCAUUCCAGGCAAAUGCCAUGGAUGCAUGGAAGGAACGAUGGAUGGCAUCUGCCAAGCCGGCCCUGUGUGCCAAGACAAAUUGCAGUUUUCGUGCGACCAAACGUGUGUGGCGCCAUUUGAAGAGUGCGAGUCCUCGCUUGGAAGCACCAUUUUGGGUGUUACGUACCUCUGUCUCAUGCUCAGUGCGUUCAUGACACCACUGAUCACAAACUACUUUGGGGAAAAGAACAGCAUGGUUGGCGGGUCGUUCUCCUUCAUCUUGUUUGCGUUUGCGAACUUGAUUGUGGCGCUGUAUCCGACCAAGACGUCGCUGCAUUGGUGGGUGAUGAUCCCCGCGGCGUUGCUACUAGGAGUGUUCGCGUCCGUGCUUUGGAUUGCGCAGGCGAGCUACUUGACACGGCUGAGUGUCAUCUACGCACAGUACAUGAACGUCCCUGCUGUGAGCUCCAUGGGAACGUUCAACGGGUCGUUCUACGCAUUUUACAAGAUGAGUCGCAUCACGGGCAACUUGCUGUCGUCGUUCGUGUUAGGGUUUCUGGGAUGGUCCACCGCCAGUCUCUUUGCCGUGUACACUGGGAUCUCAGUGGCGGGGAGUGUACUCAUGGCGACCUUGCCUGACCUUGUGCACCCCGCCGGCGACGAAAGCACGGCCCUGCUCAAAGCAGCAGAACUUCCCAUCGAGUCGUCGUCCGCAGCCACGACGUUGCGGGCACUGUGGGACAUUGCUAAAGACAGGCGCAUGGUAGUCCUGAUCCCCGUGUGGCUCUUGAGCGGGCUCCAGCUCGGGUUUGUGUCGGGGGAGUUCACAGUCCACUUCAUCCGGCAGUCGCUCGGUAGUGCGUCCAUCGGAUACGUCAUGGCCACCUUCGGGGUCGUCAACGUCGUGUGCUCGUUUUGGUUUGGCAAGUUGGCCGACAAAAUUGGUCUCUUUUUUGCCCAAAUGGUGGGCUUUGGGUCCCUCUUUGUCGCAUAUGCAUUGUGCAUGUGGAGCGACGUGGUGAAAUGCGACGGCCAGUGGACCCUUGUGCUCGGCAUUGCCGUGUUACUCAGUGUCGGUGGCGCCUCGUGCACCACCCUUGCCAACGGUACGAACGACCUUGAUGACGUGGCAGCCCCCUGAUGCGUUUGAGGCACCUAGUGAUUCUCGGCCAAGAGUUUCCGUCCAAUGCUGUCAACGCGUUCUCUCUGUUCCGAGUGUACAAUUCUGGGGCCACAAGCGCCAGCUUUUUCUUCUUUAAGUACUUGAGUCUCGAAGGCCGACUGUGGGUGCUCAUGCUCAACGUUGUCUUGGCCACUGCGUCGUUCGCGGUGUACUCGAUCCGCCACCGUCAAAUUGCGGGCGUUCGUUAAUACGGUCGGCUAAUAGGAACAAGAUGGAUGUGACUGCCCAUCAUCCGAAAUUGCUACUAUAGUAUACAAGUGCAGGCUCAUUUUUGAAGACGAUAUCUCCAUCG